GCCCACCGCCUGCCUCCCUAGGAAUGUGGAAUGCACCUGAACUGGAUCCUGCACGAGGAAGAAUGACUGAUCAAAGUCGCCAAGCCACCUGUUCCGGGACAGGUCCGAGAGAACAAUCUUUCCCCAUUCGUUUUAAUAAUCUUUGUAAGCUGGGGCGCAGUUUCACUAAAAGCGACUCGUACAACAAUGGAUUGCUGCCUGCCUGCUGAGAAAGUGGAGAGUCUCAAGAUACACAAAGAAAUAGAGAAACAACUUCGUCGUGAUAAAAGAGUCUCCCGCCGGGAGUUGAAGUUGCUGCUUCUAGGGACUGGUGAAAGUGGGAAGAGCACUUUCAUCAAACAGAUGAGGAUCAUCCAUGGCAGUGGAUACAGUGAAGAUGACAGGAAAGGUUUCACUCGGCUAGUGUUUCAGAACAUUGUCACAGCCAUCCAGUCGCUGAUCCACGCCAUGGGGACUCUACGGAUUGACUACAUCGAUGACCAGAACAUUAGUCACGCACAGAAGCUGAGCCAAAUUGCGGCAGACCAGGUGUCCACUUUGGAGGCUUGGCAGGUGGACGCCAUUAUGCGAGUGUGGAAUGACCAUGGUGUUCAAAGGUGCUACGACCGCAGGAGGGAAUUCCAGUUAUCGGACUCUGCCAAAUAUUACCUGAGUGACUUGGACAGAAUCUCAGGCCAGUCAUACAUCCCCACCCUGCAGGACAUCUUGAGGGUCAGGGUUCCCACCACAGGCAUCAUAGAGUACCCCUUUGACCUGUCAAAAGUUAUCUUCAGGAUGGUGGAUGUGGGCGGUCAGCGUUCAGAGAGGAGGAAAUGGAUCCACUGUUUUGAGAAUGUCACCUCCAUCAUAUUUCUAGCGGCCCUCAGCGAGUAUGAUCAAGUCCUUUACGAGAAUGAGCAAGAUAAUCGACUGCGAGAGAGCGUUGCCUUGUUCAAGACCAUCAUCUCAUACUCUUGGUUCCAGGAGUCCUCCAUCAUCCUCUUUUUGAACAAAACGGACUUGCUAGAGGAGAAAAUCACACAUUCACAUUUGGCAACCUACUUCCCGGCCUUUACUGGGCCUAAGUGUGAUGCUGAAUCAGUGAAAAAGUUUAUCAAACAAAUGUACAUGGACGAGCACCGAGGACAUCCUAAAUCCUUUUAUCCACACUACACCUGUGCCACGGACACAGGGAACAUCCGGGUUGUCUUCAAAGCCGUUGAAGAUACAAUCCGCCAAGAGAACUUUGACUUGUUCAACCUCCAAUAAGGAGGUUGUAGGACCUUUAGGAGUCGGGUUAUACAGUGACUUGUAACUUUUAUGGACAUUUUAUCUGUUGUGCUGUCGGUUGCAGCUUGUUCAAAAACCUCAAAGGGAGCCAAUCAGACAGCAAUGACAGGUAAGAGAUAUUUCUCAUUGCAAUUUAAAAUACAGGCAGUAUAUGGCAUUUAUUAAUAUAAAUGGUAAAAAAAGCAUUAUUUCUAUUGCAACGGGAGAGAAAGGAACAACUGCAAUGUCAGUUAAUUGUCAUACUGGACUUUUACAGAUAAUUCCUUGUAUAACAUUGCUGUUAGAUGGAUAGUAAAUGGUAUGGUAACUCUAGUCUACUAAGAAUGCAACACACCUUGCCUUACAACUCUGUGAGGAGGAAGUAAAAGAAUACCGUGCUAGGACCAACAAUGCUUAAAUUUGUAAUUAUGCUAAUGUUUUUCUGUGCGCAACAAACAUGUAGCCUAUAAAAUGAUACGUCUUUGUUUUCACUAGAUAUUAAAGGCCCGAUAUUGUAAAAAGUAAGAUUUCCAUGUCCUUUUUGGUUAUAAAGCAGGUCGAGACGCCAUAUAAAUACUGUAAAAGAAU